AUGUCUGGAUUCAGCAAGCUGUUAGAAGAGCGAGGGAUCCCAAAGUCCUUGUACACGCCCAUUGCCUAUACUUCUCAAAUCCAAGAACAAUCGUUCGCAAUUGAGCUGAUUUCAAAACUCUGCUCGUCCUACCCAGUCCAUGAAAACCCAUCCCCAUCAUUUCCAGAAUUCACAAUUGCGUAUAUUGUAAUUUUCUAUUCAGUGCCGCUCCCACAAGACGCUUGACGAAGUCGCUCAAGAGGCUUGGGCGUUUUAUUUCACCCUGCAGAAAUUUUCCAACGAAAGUGGGGAGUUCUUGAUGCUGAAUAAUUUUCUAAAUGAAAAUUGGAAUAAAGAGACUUUUCUUUUUUAUUUAAAAGCAAGAAAAGCAAUUAUACAGGUCAAGCUUGGGGACUCUUCAAAAGGAACUGUAGAGCUGAAAGACUUGAUGUUGGGGACAAAUGAGUGGGUGAGUUUAGUUUCAAAGCUAUUCCAAGAGACGUUGAAGCCGACUUAUUGUGUCCAAAGGAUGGCAGCAAGGCUAGUUGAUGCAGAUUACUCGACAGAAAUUCCUGCAUCGGUUUUCAUUGAGUUCUGUGUAAAUGAAUUUCGUGAGGUAAAACUCAAAGAAAUUAAUAAAAGCUCAAUGAAAAAGCUGAAUAAUGCGUAUCUUCACACGACGACUAUUUCAUAACGACUAUUUUUUUUUGGCCUAUUUUUUUUUUUGGCCUAUUUUUUUUGGCCUAUUUUUUUUUGGCCUAUUUUUUUUGGCCUAUUUUUUUUUGCCUAUUUUUUUUUUUAGCCUAUUUUUUUUUGGCCUAUUUUUUUUUGGCCUAUUUGUUUUUGGCCUAUUUUUUUUUAGCCUAUUUUUUUUUGGCCUAUUUUUUUUUCACCUAUUUUUUUUGGCCUAUUUUUUUUUGGCCUAUUUUUUUUGGCCUAUUUUUUUUUGGCCUAUUUUUUUUUGGCCUAUUUUUUUUGCCGAUUUUUUUGACAAUUUUUUAACUAUUUUUUACUAAUAUUUGGGCAUAAUUCCAUACUAAUUGUUUUAAUAUAAUUUUUAAUGUGUUUUAAACGAUUUAACCAACAAAAAAUGCACCCUUAACAGAUUUCGUACUCCAUGAAUACUAAUUCAUUGUUUUUAAAUUUCGAAAAUUUUAGAUUUGAUUAGGAGUUUUUCACUUAAUUUACUCAAUAUUAAUCGCGUAAGAAAAAGUCUCUGUUUCUCAAUAAGGUUCUAGUCCUCUCAGGAGCUUCAUGAAUGAGGCUAGGUAAAAAAAAUAGGCAAAAAAAUAGGCAAAAAAAAAUAGGCCAAAAAAAACAUAGGCCAAAAAAAAAUAGGCCAAAAAAAAUAGGCCAAAAAAAAAUAGGCCAAAAAAAAAUAGGCCAAAAAAAAAUAGGCCAAAAAAAAAUAGGCCAAAAAAAAAUAGGCCAAAAAAAAAUAGGCCAAAAAAAAAUAGGCCAAAAAAAAAUAGGCCAAAAAAAAAUAGGCCAAAAAAAAAAGGCCAAAAAAAAUAGGCCAAAAAAAAUAGUCGUUAUGAAAUAGUCGUCGUGUGAAAGAACCGAAUAAUGUGCUUUUACCGUCAAAUGGACAGAAUAAACCUAAGCUGCCAGCAAGAAAAAACGAGCUGCCAAAGAAUUUCAAUAUUAUGGACUAUGGGAAAAAGCAAUCAAAAACCUUAGCAAAGCAGCCAUCUGUUGGAAGUUUAAAACAGAUUGAAUCGGUAAAAAAUAUUGAGUUUUCCAAUAAAAUUGUGGAUGAAGAGCUUGAAAUGGCAACAGUUGAAGAAUCCCCUCAGUCCCACGAAAAGCCAAAAUAUUAUUCGAUUUCAAUGUUUUCGACUGAUUGGGAAGACCAAAAAAGAGAGUUAGAAGCUGAUCUUGAAGACUGCCAAAGAGAUUUGGAAGAAGUCAUCAUUGAAAGAGACAGGAUUAAAGAAGCUCUAGAAGAAACAAUCGAAUUUUGCGAUACAGUCUCGUAUGAGCAUGAUUUACUUAUAAUACAGAACUCUAAACUUAAAAAAAUUUUGAGCUUUGUCACAGAUAAACUAAUUAGAGUCGACUCCAAGCUGAUUGCUGAUAUAGAUUUUUCCGAAAUUUUAAACGACCCUUGUAAAGAAUUUAAGCCAACUGGAAUUUUGAAGGAAAAAAGGGACUCGAAAUCUUUUAUCCCGAAAUUCCCAGAAGUAGAGUCUUAUGAAGAAAUAGAGAAUGCUCAAUAUGAUUCCAAGAAAAAAACAUCAGAAAGUGACAAAGAAAAUAAAAGGAGAAAUAUCCCACCUACACCAAAAUUUACAUUUGAAAAUGAAGAAUUUCCAAAAGAAAUCUACACAACGCUAGUUGAUUAUAAUCCUUCACAGUCUGGAUUGCUGAAUAUGGUGAAAGGGGAUAGAAUUCAAAAGAUUUCUGAGCAUGAGGAUUGAUUUUUUGGAGAAAAUUUGCAGACAGGUGAUAAAGGCUUUUUCCCACCGAACUUUGUAUCUACGCAAUAA